UUCAUACACAAUGAGACAUUUUCUGAGGGUCCCUCAGAACGUAGUGCUCUCGCAUGGAAUGAGAUGUUCCCCCAGCGAGGCGGUUACUUCAGUCAUCCUGUGAUAGCACCUGAACGAAGCACCAUGUCCGUCUUUCACCAACUGCAUUGCGUGGAUAUGUUGCGUCUUGGCUUCUACCAAUUCUACGAUGCGGCCGUUUCAGGCGUUCAAAUCAUGCCGAAUGAUCCCCAGAUGAAGUACAGCCCCGCACAUAUGCGUCACUGUAUUGAUCUGUUGAGACAAAGUCUAAUGUGUCUUGCUGAUACGACGAUUGAGAUCAAGGAGGGACCACGGGGGGCAAAGGGAUUUGGAACUACACAUCAGUGUCGAGAUUGGGACCAGCUUGUUUCGUGGACUACGAAGUGGCAGCUUGAGGAUACAAUGCCACCAAAGGGUGUUCUUGGUGCUUAA